UCUUAAGCAACGACGUCGCUUACCUUGUGGUUUCAUUAACUCUGAUGAGUGAAGGGCUGAGUAAUCAAACUCGCGAGAGAGCGGCAAACUGAAAACGGAAAAAGCACUCAACAAACCUUCCAGAAACUCUGUAGAUACUCGCAGGUUGGCUUUCAAGGUAGCGGCUUAACAUUGUGUCCUAGAGAGGAUUUCUUAAUGGGGUUUUGUGGGUUUUGAGGGUAUGUAUGUAGAACUUCUCGACAAUGGUUCUGGGCAGAAGUCUGCAGAAUAAUAAGCAAGAGAAGAAUUUCAAACCUGCAAACCGAACAUUUGGGGGUUCUGGUGCUAGUAAUGGAAGAUUAGCUUCUAAAUCAAAAGGGAAUGGCAGAAGUAAAAAGGUUCAAACUGGAGGGAAUAGAACUACAGGUGCUUCUCAUCCUAGUCAGAGUAAAGUGACAAAGCAAGGGGUGUUUGGAAAAAGAAGUUUCAAAUCAAAGAUUAAUGGUGAAAGCAAUGGAUACGUGACUAAGGGAAAUAGUUGUUCUAAGCCAUCUAAUUCUGAUAAAAAAAGAAAAAGAACUUAUGCUGAUCAGCCUCCAGACGAGGAAAGAGUGUCCAAUGACAAUGUAGGAUUCCCAGCAAGAAGGUUUUCAUCUAGAAUCGUGAAGAAUAAGCUUAAUGAUCAUUAUCAUGAAGAAAAGCGGACAACAAAAGGAAACUCCUCUGGGUUUGGAGAUUUGAGUAGAAAAGGUUCAUUGGCUGGAAGAGGAAAAUCCAGGGAAAGUGAGUUGGCGGGCAAGAAAACGUCAAUAGCCAAGGUAAAGGCUGUAGAUAAACUGAAAGAUGUUGAAGUUGAAGGAUUUAGGAAUGAUAAGCUGAAGAAAAUUGCUAAAAGCAAAUCCGACGUAACAAAGCAAAUGGAGCAGAACCAUGGCAAACAUGCUGUCGGCUCUCCUGAAAGACCUUCCAAGAAGAAAGUGCAGUACAAGAAAAAUAUCACUGAUGAUUCAGAAGUAAUGGAUGAAAAGCCUAAGAAGAAAAAGCGAAGGAUCAGGCUAGAUCCUCAUGAUACAUCAAAUAAGAGGCUCGAUGAUGCAGCAGCUAUUAAUAAUCAGGUUAAAAAGAAGAAGGAAGAUGACUCAAAAACUUGUGUUUUGGAGUUGUCCAGAAAUGCACAAUUUCGAGCAAUAAUUCCUAGCCCCUCUAUCCUUUCCUUUGUCGAAGACAAUUUAUUAGGCCGAAGACGAGAAAUUGAAUUUAGGAGGGCUGGCUACAAUACUGAGCUUUCUGCUCCUUUAGACAAUAUUCCCUAUUCAUCAAGCUCUGAAAGGGAAAGGAUUGAAGAAACGGUAUUUAGAAAUAAAUUGACAUUUUAUGCUGCUGCAAAGAUUUCCUCAUCAUUUCCUCCUGAACUUCCAGAGAUUGCAUUUGCAGGGAGGUCGAAUGUAGGAAAGUCAUCUUUACUGAAUGCAUUAACUAGACAGUGGGGUGUUGUGAGGACAUCAGACAAGCCUGGACUUACUCAGACUAUAAACUUCUUCAAACUUGGACCAAAGCUAUCUUUAGUCGAUUUGCCUGGAUACGGAUUUGCGUAUGCAAAAGAAGACGUCAAGGAAGCUUGGGAGGAGCUUGUGAAAGAGUACGUGUCUACGCGUGUUGGUCUAAAGAGAGUGUGUCUUCUUGUUGAUACAAAAUGGGGAAUGAAACCAAGGGAUCAUGAACUUAUUGAUCUGAUGGAAAGGUCGCAAACCAAGUACCAGAUUGUUUUGACAAAGACAGAUAUGGUUUUCCCAAUUGAUGUGGCACGUCGGUCAAUGCAAAUAGAAGAGAACCUCAAGGAAAAGAAGUCUGCGGUUCAACCUGUGAUGAUGGUAAGCUCAAAAAGUGGAGCUGGUAUUCGAAGUUUAAGGACGGUUCUUGCUAAGAUUGCUCGUAUUGUGAAGCCUUAGGAGAUACUGCUCAAGUGCACCUUUACUUUCCAAGCAUAUUAGUAGUAUGGCGUUGACUAAUUUGGUCGUCUUGAUCUAUGAGUGACUCUUGACAUUGGCUGAUGUUGAAGGCGCAUUGGAAAUUGUUGCUGUAGGUCAUUGAAGAGCGUUUGAAUUCUGAACAGUUUCGAGUGUGAAAAAGUCAAGAUUCAAGUUCUCUUUUUAGCCCCAAUACUUCAUCAAGUUUUGGUCAAGAGGAAGAAACUUAUAAUAUUGUAGCUGCUCAUGGUAAAGUCGGUAGUAGAUUUAACAUAUCUUACUGAUGAUGAAUGAAGUGUACUUUUUAUGGGGCUUUCCGGUGAUUUUUAAUUCCGUUCAAUUUCCAUAUAACUACAAUUGGAUUCUAAUGUUUUGAACUUUUGAUAUUCUGAUUUUCACCUCUUCCA